GUCUAGUAUCAAAAUCCGCCAGAUCCAUUUUUAUUAAAAAAGAAGUUAUUAUGCUCAGUGGUUUCUUUUUCUUAAAAUCUAUGCUUCCAAAAAAUAAAUUCGUAUCAAUCCCAGACACAUCUAUAGUAAGUUGAGGUUAAAAACUUGUAUUUAGUAUCAAAUCCCGCCAGAUCUUUGACAAUUGAGGUUCAUUCGCCGCCAGAUCCAAAUAGGCCAAUUAGAACACAGGAUUUUGACGGAUAACUUUCAUGGCGUCCUCGAUCUCAGUAUGGACGCCCAUACAUUUUUUUGUGGUUUUCUUGCUGCGUUUUAUGGUGAAUUUAAUAAGAAAUAAUGGCCGAUUUCCUAAAAAAAAUAGACAAAGUUCCGCCAAAUCAGGCAAGGAAGCGAGGUGUGAAGAGAGAAAACUGGAAAAGAGAAAGAAAACGUCGAGAAAUGGGUCGACAGAACGUUAGCGUGCAAGGUGAAGAAAACUAUCGGAGUGAAAUUGGGCAACCUAAAUAUGUAACGAAACGAAGAAAGAAAAUCUCUGACUUGGCACCCGUAAUUUUGCCAAGAGGCAAUAAAGUAAACAUUAAGAAAAUACUUGAUGUUGCAAACCUUUUAAAGAAGCACUUCGGUGAAGACUGGUGGAUUGUCGACCCUUUGAAAUAUUAUAAAGACAUAGAAGAAAAUAAUAACAAUUUUGCAGAACAUGAGUACAUUCAGUGUGUCGCACUAGAAGAAAGUGAAAAUUUUAUAUUAUAAUUAAUUACAUUAAUACAAUUUCUUAAUUUUCAUUAAU